GACAACAUUUGGGAGACAUACUUUCCUUUGCCAUCGCCUGGCCACACCCAUUCCGAACCUUGGCUCCUGUCAAUUACUUCACAGCUCGAGAGUCUCGCGCCCUUUUCGAGAGGCCAGCCUUUCACCAUGGCGACCAUCGUGAGCACGACGCUCUCUUCCCUCAAUUCCACCAUCACCUCCAGCCUCAACACGACAACAUCUGCCGACUACUUCUCCGUCUUCGAGGAGGUCUCCAAGAUCAGUGUCCAACUCAACGUCUUCGAGCGCCUCUGGGCUGCUUGGUACCUCUUCAUGCAGAAUGAUACCCUUGCCACCGGUAUCAUGUCCUUCAUGAUGCACGAGAUUGUCUACUUUGGCCGCUGCCUCCCGUAUAUUAUCAUCGACUGCAUUCCUUCUUUCAACAAGUACAAGAUUCAGAACCAAAAAAUACCUUCAUGGCGAGAGCAGUUCGACUGCGCCGCCCUCGUCUUCAUCAGCCAUGUCACCGUCGAGCUCCCCCAGAUCUGGCUCUUCCACCCCAUCGCCGUCUACUUCGGCAUGGACUAUGGCGUGCCGUUCCCGUCUCUGUUCAAGAUGGCGUACCAGAUUGCUGUCUUCUUCAUCCUCGAGGAUACAUGGCACUACUGGUUCCACCGUGCCCUGCACUAUGGCCCGCUGUACAAGAACAUCCACAAGCUGCACCACACCUACUCCGCCCCUUUCGGCCUCGCCGCCGAGUACGCCUCCCCCAUCGAGGUCAUGCUGCUGGCCGUCGGCAGCGUCGGCAGCCCCAUCCUCUGGGUCUCCAUCACCGGUGACCUCCACUUGUUCACCAUGUACAUGUGGAUCGUCCUGCGCCUGUUCCAGGCCAUCGACGCCCACUCUGGCUACGACUUCCCCUGGAGUUUGCGACACUUCCUGCCUUUCUGGGCGGGCGCGCAGCACCACGACGUGCACCAUGAGAAGUUCAUUGGCAACUAUGCCUCCAGCUUCCGCUGGUGGGACUACUGUCUGGAUACCGAGGCCGGCGAGGAGGCCUCCAAGAAGCGUCGUGAGAAGAAGCUUGCUGCUGUGAGGGCCAAGAAGGCGCAGUAAGCAGUUCAGACUGCGCAGACUCGCUUCCCUGUCUCGCUUUCGCCUCAUUUUUUUUCUCUCCUCAUGACGGUGCAAACCUGGCGACCACUCAGACGCAGUCGCCUUGGUGUACUCUGGACUCCUCAUUGGAUUGAGAUAAAAAUUGAUAGGGGCCACACCUCCUUUGGGAGAAUAUCGGCAGCCUCUCAAGUCGAGGGAAGAUUUGCCGAGAGGAACUAUCUUCAUGGUGCUCAUGAUUCACAACAUGUACAUAUAGGGGGCCGUUGACCGCCCAACAAACUAUAGAAUAAUCCUACUAAUAAGACGAGAAACGGAAAAUUAAAGACUUGAUGAGAAAGAUUUCUGAAACUCUCCAAAAGCUUGAUUAUUUCUUCGGGGUACAACAGUCUCCUGAUGCUGAGGUGGCCUUGUCUGCAAGACCCUUCAGCUGGCAGCUCGCAUCAGCAGAGGUAUCCUCCUGAACCUCCCCAAGCUGCUCAGCCAAUUCAUCACACAGAGUAGCAAGUGAAAUGUCUUUGGCAGACAGGCCCACAGGAUGGUGUGUGGUCCACCGGAUGAAGGUGGUAUUAUAGACAUUGGACCACUCUGGGUGGUGGUUCUUGCACUUGCAGUGUAUGGACACUGCUGUCAUGAAGUCCCAGGUUUUUGCAAAAGUCUUGAAUUUGAAGGACCGCUCGAUGCCCUGGCCAUCUUGUGUAAGGAGCCAUUUCUUGCUUGUCAGCCUGUCCAACUCUUUUGUGAGGACAGCUUCAUCAGAUCCAUCAGAAAGUCGGGGCUUUGUUGCCAUCGCGCCUUCUUUUGAGAAGGACCGGCUGAGGGUGAUUGGUCGAAUGACUGAUGGAAAUAACACUGAUUUCCUUGUGCAGGUUGGUGAUAGCUUCAUGCUGAGAUCUUCUGGGGCCAAUACACACUUGUCUGCCUUGUCCCUCUCUCUCUGUCUCUCUCUGUCCCUCUUUCCUUCUUCUCAUCCAAG